AGUGCACACUGUGUCACGAAGACUCUCUCUCUCUCUGAUCGCACAACUGCAGCGCUUCUUCAACGCAAAUUUUUGCAACGCUUGUUUUCUCUUUCUCUUUCUCUCAGCAGAGCAUAUAGAUAUUAUUGAUACUGCUGUUGCUAUGACUACUUAGAUUUUGUUUUUACAGUACAUUUCCCACUACCACCACCGCACGAUUAGAUUCCAUCCGAUAGAUCAGCGAAGACCGUUCCACUUAUUGUGUCUCCCUUCACCAAAUCUAUAUUACAUUUCUUUUGCACCUCACGCUGAGACUAAGGCGGCGAUGCUCUUUGUGGAGCCGGAGGUGGAUUGCUUCCGGUUGCAUCUGCGCGACUUGCGCAUCCCCGUCGCCGUCUUGGAACAGAAGCCCGAUGCAAUCGCCGCAGGCGCUAGUUGCGCAGCCACGGCUGCGGCCACAGAAGCACCCUCUGCUUCGCAGUCUGCCUGCGUCACUGUAGAGCCUGGCCAGCAGAAAACGCGUCUCCCUGUAUACAGCGCGGAGCGUGGUUCUGGAGAGCCAGGAAGCGGCUCGCUCGACGCCGUCUCUCCCGUGUCUGCGUCUCCGUCACCGUCAAAUAGGCCGUCCGCUACCGUCUCAGCCUCCACGCGUGCAAGCGCCACUUCCACAACGAACCCGCGGUCCUCCCUGGCCCAAGUCGCCCUCGACGAGCGCGCGGACGCCCUUCAUCGCGCGCUCUUGUCCUCCCUGUUCUCCCGCUUCCCAUACGAGCUGCCCGACACACUCGAGUACGUCUACGUGCUCGUCGUGACCCACCCCGCUGCCCCGUCCAUCUCAACCCAGCCUCUCACCGCCGAGGAGCUAGCGGGUUUGACGACGCACCACGACCUCCUGCCGGCGGAGCUGCGCUGUCGCACUUUCCCAUCUCAUUUAAACGCUGUCCUGGACCCCGCGUGGACUGCGGCGGUGGCCGCGGUCUCAGAGACUGGGUUCAUACCCGCAUCAGGAGCAGCAGCAGCAGCAACAACGGCAUCGGCAACUUCACCGGCAGAGCAACAACGGCCCUCCAUUCGCGUCACCGACGAUACCGCGAAGAUGCGGCAGGACGAAGCAAAGCGCAGCGCCGACACGGCGGCGGCGGAGGUGCUGCGUAAUGUGCCAAUGGCACCUCGCUUUUUCGACUCUUUCUUCCUGCUGGCACGAGAGCUGCGGCCCUCACAACAAGCCCUGUACUACGCGACGCGGUGCGGAGGGCAGGCCGUGGAAGGAAGCAGGCCACGGCCACCACCGGCGCCACCUUCCGCUCCAGAGAACCCCAGCACCUCGCCCUCAGCGGCGACGGACAAGAAAGCGGCAGCGGUCGAGAACUUUCGUGUCAUUCAGGGAAAUUUUACUCAUUUUGUUCCAGCCAAUGUGGAGACAUCCGCUGCCACCGACUCCGCGCUCGCCACAGCUGCACGUCGAAUGAGCCGCGGGAGUGGCGGCUACCGUCGCGUCGCAGGGGAAAGUGAGACCUAUUACAUCGCCCCCGACAAGGGCCGCUCCAGCAACGCGAAGACAGCUGCUGCUACGACCCCCAAUGCUACGAGCUCCACUACUACGAUGAAUGCCACAGACCUUCGCGCGUUGCACUUCUCCGUCUACCGCAUCCCUCUCACUCGUUUGAAGGCCGAGGAUCAGCAGUACUACACGGAGCAGCGGGAGGAGAUGCGCUGGCGGCAGCGACGGCAGUGCCGCGCGAGUUACCGCUCGCAGCGGAGAGAACAAAAGCGAUGCGAUGCGAGGAAUGAGGUAGCUUCAACGACGUGCACCGACACGGCACGACGAUCUUGGUGGCCGUUCUCGAAGAAGGGGGCGGAAGCCUCUGCAACAGUUCGGGAAGAGCAAGGAAUCUCGACCUGCACCGCUAACCCAAUAAACGAAACCAGCGGUGAAAAGAGAAGCACCAGCACUAGCACCAGCAGCAGCAGCUCUGGUUGUGAUAGCAGCUGCGGCUCGUCCUCAGACGGCGAAGACGAGAUGGGGAAGGGUCAAGUCGGCGGUACCACAAAUUCACGGCAGCGGGGUCACGACUUCGAUGACGUCAUGCAUCAGCUGUUUCAAAAUGAGGUCCACGCAGCCUCGAACACCUCAGCGGGGGCGGAGUACAGCACCCCGGAGGAGCAACGGAGGGCCACGCAGUUUUUUGACGCAUGCCACAAAGUGCUCACGAAUUACGCACUGGCGCACUCGUCUUUUGUGUCCGAGGAGGAAACGGCAGCCACGUCUUCUACGCCGACUUUAGAGACAGUCACACCACCAGCUGCAAAGCGAAGCGCGAGAGGUGCUCCUUCUCCCAUUAGACCGUUUCCUGGUGUGUCGUUUCUCGGCGUCACGCGUCUGCUCUACUCCUUGGCUCCUUGCGACUGCUACCACCUCGUCAUGAAGGACAACAACCCCCUCUACUACGCGCACUCCAGUCGCGCCUCCUAUCAACCCCAGACGGUACCGCUGUGUCUGGUGUCCGACCUAGCACACGACUCCACCACCACCACCGCCGGGAACGGUAGAAGCAGCAGCAGCCGUUCACCGCGGGCAACCGCAAUCGCGCGCAUUACGGCCAGCAACGCGCCGCAUCGCGCGACAGAGCUACGAUGUAGCGCUGGUGCAGCGACUUCUGCCUCCUCGCAAGACAGCAAGGACGGCACAAGGAAAACGAUGGCGGCGGCUGAAGCCCCGGACGCGGGGCGGGCAUCACCCGCUCCUGACAUCUCUGGUAAUGUUUUGUGGCUGAACGAGCCCGCAGCUCCUCCGUUGCCGACUGAACGGCACGGCGGCGCUGAAAGCACUGCGCCGGAGCACGCCAACGCACCUCCUCGACCACCUCAAACAACGCAAUCUCCACGAGGGAGCGCAGGCCGAGAAGCCCUGCGCUUGCCACAAGCCAAUGCUCGGAUGGAGGACGGACUCGUACGGUCUCGCCAGCCUUCCCGUGCACCAUCACCGGAGAGACCUGACGGCUCUCGACGCACCUCUGCACUGGCUGCGCAGGCGAGUCCGACGGCAUUCGGAACUCAGCAACGCAAUUCCGCGACCGCACCUGCCUCCUCUUCGCCUUGCACAAGCGGAUUUCUGCGUGUGACAGCGUCGCUGCUGAGCAAUAGCAUAUCUGGCAAUCCGCGGCGGAGUGAAGACGGUCUCGCCGCGAAGGGCGCCCGCGUCCCAGACUUCCUCCUGCCCGACGCGGCCCAGAAAAGAGGCGGGCGGGGCGGGGCGCUGGCAGAGUCGGCGCCUACGGUGGCAAGUCGUGCGUCUGCCGAGUCAUCUUCUGACGGCGCCGCGUCGACGUCCGCCGCCGUCGUGAACCUCUUCCGCGCCCUCUCCGAAUCCUCCCUGGCGCAGCACAAACUGCGCUACGGUGCUAUCCGGUCGGUGCUAUCCGUUGCGGUACUGGACAGUUCCCAUUACCUUUCCGGAGCCUUCUCAGACGGCUUCACGGUGAGUGGCGUGGAGGGAGCCGGGGCACAACGCUACGGCACGCGUGAGGCGACACAGAUGCGGGAGAGCGAGCGGUACUGCUGCCGCGGCCUGGUCGAUCACACGUGGCUGUCCGUGCCCGUCCAGCGUACACCGGCAGAGCAAGAGGCAAUUCAGUGGAUGCCCGUCAUGCUCGGGUCUACGGAGUGCGUGAGUGACGUAGGACUGCGCACCGCGGUGCAUUUGGGUGUCUUCCCGCAAAGCACAUCUGAUGCCUCUUUGAAGAAUUACGGUGAGGGAAGUGAUGUUCCUAUGCACAAGGGCGAGGACUGGAAAGGAGGUGUGUGGCCCACACGCGAAGGCGCCUUUUCCUCGUUGACACCGUCGGCUACGGUCACUCAUACACAAGCUGAAGCGGCAGAAAAGGGGAAAGCUGAAGUUGCUGCUGCUGUUCCAGUAACGUCCGCUUUGCACACGCAGCCCUAUGCACAACCGCUUCAAUCUCGUGCGGUGAACAGCGCAGCAGUAACGACAAGCGGAACAGCAAUGGUACCACCUCUCUUACCGCAGCAGCAGCAGCAAUUAGCGGCGAAAGAAAACCAAUGCGUCUCCGCGGCUGUAGACGAGUGGAGAAGUACUGCAGGGACCAAGUUAAAAGAUCCCGACGGCUAUGCUGUUCCAACCUCCAACGCAGCGCGCCGAGGCGGCCUCAGCCUUGAGUUUGGCCUCGUCCAAACACCACAAUCUGGCACGGGACUCCCGGCAAAAGCAGUCUCAACGCCUCAGCAGUCUACCGAGAGUGAACUCGGCGCCGCAGCGGCGCCGCAGCGGUACCGCACCGCAGUCUCCGCCGACGCGGCGUCGCAGCCGGACACUCGCCCGUCGUCGCCGUACUUCUCAAACGGCGCAUUUGGGUUUGCAGCUUCCGCUGCUCAUCGGCCUGCAGCUUUUUCGUCUGUGGAAACGCGAAUCGGUAACUCGGAAAUGCAGGAGGAGGUGGUGAGAGAUGUAGCGGUGGACGUGGAAGAGAAUGAAGAAGCACCGCAUGCGGCUGUGCGGUCGGUGCGCUCCGCACGCGGUGGGGUCGCGAUGACGUUCGACGUGGACAGCGCCUCGACAGGUGGAUCGAAGGCGUCGCCUGCCACUCCCGCCACGGUGACCGCGCGGGUGUCUACCGGUCCGCUUCUCCGUCGCGACACAGCAGUAGAAAAUCCGUUUACAAAGCUGUGCGCGACUGCAGAACUGACGGAUAGUAACCUCUACGCGGGCUGCACAAGCAGCCGGGGAGUUCGGCGUGUAUUUUGUACCGCCGGCGAUCGCCCUAGCGCUGACGGGAUCGGUGCUGCUGCCACCCCUGAAAGGGAGACGACGCAGCAGGGCCGCAAAGCGAUCCGCUGGCCAGACACGCCGCUGCCCAAGAUCGCCUCCUUCACCGCGGCCGCUGCUGCGUCCACCCGUGCUGGCCCAAGACCACACCACCCCGUCUCGCCGACCUCUCCCUCCGCACGGCGCGGAUGCCAGGAGCAAAGUCCACGUCCGCGGGCGUGGAGUACGGACAUGCGAAGAGAUCGUGUCGAAGCGAUCGAAAUGGAGGAGGAAGAGGAGGGCUACGACGACAAUGGUGCGGAAGAGUUCAUCUCGAGUUGCUCUGGUGAAGACGUGCUUGGCACCCAUAAUCCUCGGAGUAUGAACAGCAACGAAGAGGACGAAGAAGGGAAGCAUCAACACGAGGUCGUGGAUCGGCAGGUCUCUGGUGUGCCGCGACCCUUCAUGUGGUCAACGUUGGCCAAGCCCGCCACUGCGUCUGCGCAAAACCCUUUUCUGGUGUGGACGCAAGGCCCUCCCGCCGCGGCGCACACCCCACCACGUUCGCCGCGGCUGCCUGCGUGUUUCUCCACCCUGAAAACUCCAGCCCCCGCGUCUUCGUCACGGCAACAACUCCCGCCGAAAGAGACGUUCUUUGAUGAACCUCCGACGAACGUGGCGCCGUCUCCGCACACGCUGACGCCAGCGCCGCGCCUUGCGGUACACCUCACACCCUUUGAUCAGCCCGCCGCAGCAACAGCGACGACAAGAUCAAUAGAUGCGGGCCUUUCUUCGCGAUGGCGGCAGUCUGCACAGCAGAACGCAGCGGCAACGGCGAAUUCGGUGAACCUGUCGAGGAGCACCGCCUUCCCUGCCGAUCAGCGAAGUGCGCCGUUCAGCGGCGUUGCCGACUCGCCGUCUGUCUUGAACUUCUCCGUGUCUGCCAUCUCGCCCAGCAGCAGCGCGAAGGACAGGUCACAGAACGCGUGGGGCGAAGUCUCCGCGCAGCAGCGCAGCGCGCCGCCACCGUUUCCGGCCACCACGGCAGCCCUUGACGAGCACGAGUGUUUUGACUCACCCGAGGGGCGGCCGGGUCGGGGUGCCGUCGGACAGCGUCCCACACACGGGUUCGGCAGCAGCGACGUGCCCAGAGAGCCGUCCGAGUACGUUGAAAACAUGCGGGGCUCGUCACGACCGACUGCAUAUACGAACAAGGCAGCCAAUCCAUGGUGUGCCUCGACACGCUCACAGCAGCAGCAGCAACUGGAACCGCAUCAGCGGUCUUCCUUUCACGCCACUCCUUUCGGUCGGUCGGCGACAACUCUCCGCACCGCGGCUGCCACCGGAAAUGAUGCCAGGCCCACACAAGACCCAGUCGCUCCCCCGUCGGCACCACAGGGAACCCCAGUGCGGAACACACUUGGUAUUGGGCGUCUCUCCUUCUCCUACUCGUCCCCACUCCCCGCUGUGCGCCCCGGGGCCCCGGCGCAAAAUCCCACCGCAGCAGCUGCACUAGCUCGCAGCCCCAGCCAAACCCUUUUCAUAGACGAGUACGACGACGCUGCGGCGAAGGCAAACACUGUAACACGUGCGGCUGGCGUGCGGAGUCGUGUACGACCGCGCGGGGUGUCCGCGAUGGACGCGACGUGGUGGCAGCCGGUGCGCGAGCUGUCCUCUGCGCCGAACCUACGCUUCUCCUCCACGUGGGUGCCUGGUCGCCAAACCUCCACGGCAGCGGCAGCAGCAACGCCUUACAAAACAAACCACACAGGGGCAACUUCGCGUAGCAGCAUGAACGUGCGACUCUCCACCUCCACCGAUCAGCCCUACCACCUAAGUAGAGCAGAGCAUCAAGACGAGGCAGCACAGCCGACCACGGAUGUCUACAACAUUCCUCGAGAGACGCUUGUGCGACCUACCUGCAGCCUGCGUCCUUUUUCGGGGUCAUGCGUGACAGAGCGGCUCUCCUUGCGCACGGAGCACGAGUACGACAAUGAGUCGCGGGACUACCUAUGUCGCACUGACGAGCCCUACGUAACGAGGCUCUCGCUUUCUCCACUGCAGAGUCGCCUUCAGGACCAAGCAGCGUCUACGCUGCGCCGAGCCCGCAGCCCCGGCACGGCACGGGCCACCGCCGUGCUCGGCCGCCGUCCCCCGCUCGCGCCAAGCUCGCUGACACACCGCGCCGGGUACACGUCGGGACAUCGAUACGGCGCCGCAGCGGGCGCGGCGCGUACACCUUGGUUUCGCGCAUACGGCGCCGCCGCCGGCAGGGAUGAGUCGGAGCGGCGACGACGCGAGCUGCAGCGUCAACAGCGUCUCAACGACUACCAACAGAACUUGCAAGCGACUUACAUGUGCGGGCCGGUGCCGAAGCGUUUCUGUUUUGAGAAGCCGCCGCUGCACCCAGCCGGUGCAACACGUGGUCCGCGCGGAGCGACGGUGGGAGGUGGGAUACAGGUCCUGCGGCACGACCUCGACGAUGCGGCUGCAAGUCGAGACGUGAUAGGGAGGGGCGGUGGCACACGGCUAAGGUUUACCCCCCACGCAACGGCCGAUGUCACCACUGAAGUCUCUCAACGUGAGGGCGGUGCUCCGUUGCCAUUGUCAACAGCCGUAUGGAGACCUCGCACGACGGCCCUUCCGCCUUGCCUUUUGCCGCGGGCUGCUCCUCGCAGCGAUGAAAGGACAGCUAUGUCCGCCGUCAUCGACAACCCACUCAGCGAGGCCGCGCGUGCCUUCAGUCUCGGUGUGCACCCUUCUUCGUUGGUGAGCAACGGAAGCGGUCGGUCACCGAGGCCACCACCGCUAUCAAACGGAGCUCCCUCUCUUCUGCGCGAAAGCUGUGGCGCUGGCGACGCGGCACGGCGGGCGGAGGUGCGUCUGCGCGAGCCGGCCGAGCAGCAGGCAUGUCUGCACGCACGCGAACAGAUGGAGAAGCUCGCCGACGGAGAAGCCGCCGUCCGACUUGCGAGCGGGGUCAACGUGAGCUUUACGCUGCGUGACAUCGCGACCGUGUUUCUGCGCCUGCCUAACACAGCCGUACGUGGAGCUCGCCAGCCAGGCCGCGCCGCGCACCAGCGCGUCGAAGAUACCGAUAAUGGAGGAGGAUUAGAGGUGUUAGAUAUUACUAAGGCGGUCUGGCGCACGGAGGGGGUGUCGUGCUUCCUUUCCCGCAAACCGACGCAACUGCGCGGGGGCUGGGAGAGCUACCUGGAGCGCAUUAACCUUUACCAAGAGCCGUUCUACCUGCGGGAGCAGGCGUUCAUCUUGCUGCUCCCCGUGCCGCACGUGCCGGAGCUGAAGGUGUGCGUCGCCAUCCACAACAUCAAUGACGUACUGGCGCUGCUGUGCCAGACGCCGCUGUCGCGUGUGGUACCGACGACGGAGGAGUUGUGGAUGCAGCAGCGGCGCUACGGGUGGGGCGACGAUGCGGAGGAUGAGGAUGCACAGGGAAAGCGCUUGGAAAAGAAUUCGCCACCCACGGUGGUGGUCGAGGAGCGGCGCUGGUUUUUUGGCCUCUUUACCACACGUCGAAUCCUCCAACCAAAGGGAAAUCCAGCAAACACGAAGAGCAGCGCUGCUUUGUCCGCCGAAGUGCAGCGGCAACAGCCUCCCUCCCCCGACGGAGAGGAGGGGGACGACGCUACGCGACGUGCCAGGUGUCGGGCGCUGCGGCGGCAGUAUCAACUUGAUGGCUUGUGUGUGACGUGGCGGCACAGGGCGCGCAUUUGGUACGCCCUCUUCCAAGCUGGUCGAGCGUGCUUGGCACUUCCAGCCUGCACAUCGCCCUACUUGACGGACCCGGAAGCUUGUAAAGCGCGGUGUGCGCUGUUGUGCGAUCGCGUGGCGGCCUACGCCGCGGUGCGCUAUCGGCUGGAAACGCUGAAAGCCAUUCGUCGGGCGUAUGUGGAGCGUCGUGCCGAGGAGCUAUCGCGGCAGCGCGUGCUGAAGUUGGGUGACGCGCCGUACCGGAGGCACAACGUACGGCUGGGCGAAGGCUCAGGUGGGUACGGCGUUGGUGGUGUGCGCCAUGCAGAUGUAGCGCAGCAGCCCUACGCCUCCGCCUCUUCAGCGAAGCCAGGCGGUGUGGCCUUCACGGUAGAUGUAACACCACCACCGUCGUCUACCUGGACUGAACUGCACGGUAGCAGAACCAAAUUACCAGCGACGGCCGUCGCUGCCUCCUCUACCGCUAACGGAGACCGAUAUGAGGCUUCAGAAGAACAGCGGCGCAACGGAGACGAAGAGGUGCGCCGCGGUCGCGCCGGGACGCCGGCCCCGCUUUCCUCACGCUUUCACUUGUCACCAAACCAACCACUUCACCCCACGCACUCAGCAGCGGUGGAACGGCAGGCACAGGCGCCCUGGGGCACGUCCCGCCACUCUCUCUCACCAAUGCCUCGCCACACUUCUACUACUUCUACUACUAAGCCUUCUGCAGCGCUGCGGACACCGAGCAUUGCGCCUGGUAUGACCCGUGCAAUGCAGCUGCGGUACGAUGCAAACCGCCGCGUCGCACAGGGCGAAGCUCCGGUGGUGUCGUUGCGGCAUGCGCAGUGUCUCUUCCCUUCUACAAGCGGCGGCAACGACCCGUGUGAAGCUGGCUGCCCGCUUUCUUCGCCCUCGCCCGGCCCAGCUGCGUCGACGAUGCACUGGAAUGGAAAGAGAGGCUUCGACGGCGCUGCCGUGCAAAGCAAUGCAGCUGACAGUGCAAUGACGGAAACCCCACCGGUAGCUUCACAGCUCUUUUCACCUUCAACGUCCUCGGUGGCACCGUACGCCAGCAGCACCUCGAUCGCUCCUUCUCGAUUCGCCACCGCGACGCAACAGCAGCGGCAGCAGGAAAGCCGUAGCUUAGCAACAUCAGCAGCAGCAGCAGCAGCAGGGUCAACAUCCGCCGCUCGUCUCGCGUUAAGCGCAGCGGCGGUGUCUGCGGAGAUGGACCUUGUGCUACACGUUGACCGGGACGACACACUCGCCAAGGCCAUUCAGCAUCUAACAGAGUUCUGUGCAGAGUGCAUCGUGCCGCCGCUGACCACCGUGCUCUCCGUCGUGCCCCGUACCGCGCAGCCGGUACGUGGCGCCGGCGCCGGUGUCAUCGACGAGCAAACCGACGCCGCGUCCCCGACUGGUGAUGGCGGCAGCACCUCCACGCCUCUCUACGCAGGUUUUGUGCCGUCUCCGGUGGAGCUGCAGCAGCGGCUGGCGCAGCCCUUCAACCUCUCCAUCGCCCAGGUGCAGCAGCUCCUGCAGUGGCAGUGGGAGCACCACCAGCACGUCUACACGCUGAUGCCUCUCCCCCUCUUCCGCGGCUCUGUCGUGCCGUCCGUGGACUUCGCGCUGUUCGCGUCGUCGUCGUCGUCGUCGGGCCGACAGGGAAGCGACGUCAACGCGCGUCCACGAUUGUCUUCUUCUCCGCCGCUGUCUUACGCCGUAUCCCCGCUGGCGCGUGAGCUUCUUGUGCACCUUGCCCGUUGGUCCUGGCUGCUGCCCAUUUCCUACGACCGCAAUGGGCACAGCGUCCGCAGCAACAAGCACGGCAGUCAUCACUCGCCGUGGGCAGAUCUUUAUGCUUUCUUCUCACGCGCAGCACGGCAGCGCGGCGCGCGUCGGCCUUCCUGGAGGCUGCGUCGCUGGCGGGUCCUUUGCCUCUUGCUGGUUUCUGUCCUCGCUAUUCAGCAUCCCGCACACUGCUUCCGUCUCGCGCUGAGCAUCGCUGUUGUGUACUUCGCCUACAACGGUCUUACGGUAGGCCUUCUCAAACGUCUGCCCUCUCAUCGAAGCCGCAGCGACAGGCGCAACGACGUGUAUACACAAGACGCGGCGAGUCAGCACGAGUGGCGUCCCCGGUUAUUUCUUCUGUUCGGUCCGCACAUCCGUCUUCCGCGAUUGUGGAGCUGUAAUGCAUCCCGACCACAGAAACGACACCAUCGCCGUCACCAUCAUUGCAGCUCGCCUCGCUUCUCAGCCCCUCCCUUUCAAUCCGUGCUUGAGGAUGAAGUCCCUCCGUUACACGAUCGCGUCAGUCUUGUUUACAACCUUUCAGAGUUAACGACACAAAACCUGGUCGAACGUCGGCGCGAGCGUUUCAGCACACAGGCGGUGGUCACCCGCGUGCUGCGGUGCCAGACAUGCGUUGCUGCGUUGCUGAGUCGGAUGCAACUUGCCUUCUACGGCUACUCCACCACGCUGUCCCUUUGGGUGGCGCUGCUCUGCCUCUCCUACCUUCUUCUUUUCGUUGUGUACGUGCGCACCCUGCAGGCACUAGGAUUGGGCGGGGUGAAAGUCUACGGCGGAGCGACGCAUAGCAGCGGAUCGCUCUCCACCCACCAGAGCGGUGUUCUGGGCUCUGUCGCGCACUCCACCGUCGCUUUGUUUCGUCAUCUCUGGACGGCAGAUUUUUCGUUCGCGGCGGAUGGGCCGGCCGGACAAAGGUCCUCGAUCCCCCUUCGGCACAUGUCAGAGGUCGCGUGGCGAGAGGUGUUGGAACCCGUCCGUUUUAUGCUCCUACAGCGAAUGCAGGCGGGUGCGGAGUCGUCUCAACCUGGAGACGAUGAGGCCAGUGGAAGCGGCACCAUGAAUUCAGACGAUCAUGGCGGCAGUGGGCGGGGUCGCCCGUCAUACUUUUAUCAGAAUGGUCGGUAUUACGCCUACGAUGCGGAGCCGCCAGCGACGGCGCUGUCGGGAGCGCCUUCGUCCGUCUUGGUGCCGAGCACCGCCACCGCUGCGUCUCCUGCAUCGUUGUCGGCGCAAAUUGUUCACACUCUGAGCGAUUGGGUGGUGCAAGCUCUCCGCGCUGGGAGCACAGACGAAAUCGCCGUAGCCGACAACGUGCAAGAUACCUCCGUCACGGCUGACCGUCGUGCCAAAGGGAGCACGGUAGAAAAUAUGGGCAGCGCGGGGGCGACAGAGCCGUUGACCAUAAACCAGUCCGCCUCCUACGACACCACACGGCACCAUCGCCCCGCCUCGUUUGCGGCGAGCGCUGAACCAAGUUUGCUUUGGUUUUUUGUUUUUGCCUACUUCGUCACCUUCUGCAUUCCCCGCUCGCCUUUUCGUUGGAUUUGGCGUCGCGUUUGGGGAGUGCUGACGCACGACGAUGCAUUGGUGCGCCGUCCUCUCCUCACGGUAUGA